AUGGAGUCGCAUCACCACAUGGGCAUCCGCGAGCUCAACGUGAGCAACUGGCACUCUCACAAUGCCCUGACCGACACUUUCAACCAUGCCGUCCCGGCCAUCAAGACAAGCGCAGCUUUUUUCACCUUUCUACGCGCCAACUUGGUCUUGAACCCCUCAGCCAUGUCGUCCAACACCAACACCCCCGUGCUUCAGCCCACCGGUGCCGCCCACAACAGCCACCGACCCGCGGCGCCAUCUCCAUUGGCAUCUUCUCACGCGCUCGAACCUCUCGACGACAUUCCUCCGCUGUCGCUCGAGAUCCUCUCCACCCGUGAGGACAAGGCCGAAGCGCUGCACCUCGUCGCCGACUCCAUUGCCCAGCAACGCCAACAGGCAGCCUACGCACUCGUCUUUCACCCCGUCCCCAUGGCCGGCCUUGCGCUGGCCCUCGGCGUCGCCUACCAGUACUCCUAUGGCCGUCAGCGCGACAUCGGCAUGGCGCUCACCCUUCUCAGCGGCGUCAUCAUGGCCUACCUCUUGGCCAUCCGCUGGGUGACAAGUGGCUACCUGCCCCUUGCUGAGCAGAUAUCAUGGUCCUUCAUCCGGCCCCACCCAGACGCCUCUCCCGGCGAGGAGGAUCUCGUGCUCGGCACCCGGUUCGGCUCCGAGAUCAUCGGCGCCCUCGUUCUGCACCUCGAGCCGGCGAGCCCUAUGGCGGCGACGUCCUUCAGCAGCAAGCGCCGGAAUAAGGCCGGCAGCUUCCGCGGCGGCAAGGGAAUCAUCCGCGCCUGGACGACCAAGCUCCGCUACCGCGGCAAGGGCGUCGGCGCCGACAUGCUCGACGAGGCCGUCCGCAUCACCCGCGAGCGCUGCGGCAAGGACGCCGAGGUCGGAUUCGCCAUGGAGCACGCCAACAGCCAGAUGGUCCUGCCCGAGUUCUUCAACGGCACCUUCAGGAAGCGCGAGCGCUGGGCCGCCAAGACGCUGGACGCUGUGCUGGCCGAGCGGGAGAUGACCAAGAAGAAGAGGUGA